UUUUUUUUUCGUCGCUGACAAGUGACUGCUUUCGCGUAGUCUAAAACUUCGGGUUUAGCGCGUUGGAAACAGGCGGAACACGACAAAACUUACUUAACUUCACAUUAACAAGUAAACAUGGAAAAGCCAACCCCAAGAGUCAAUUCUAACACCCUCAAGAAUCACGUUGGUCAUACUGUCCGAGUGUCAGGAAAGGUCAUCUCUCUCAAUGGUGACAACGCAAUUAUUGAAGCAACAGAUAAUGGACAGAUCCAAGUUCUUCUCAACGGGCAAAGCCAAUGGGGCACAACUUAUGUCGAGUUGAUUGGACAAGUAACACCCGAGAAUACCAUCCAAGAGUUCACUUUUACAAAUCUUGGUAACGAAUUUGACUUGGCGCUGGCUAACAAGGUGGUCUUAUAUGGUGAAAAGUACCCAGAACUCUUUGUAUAAUAUGUUGUGGAUGGAACUACUGUAAAUCAAUGGAAAAAUAAAACACGAUACCUGGAAAUUGCUGUGCUGUUCAUAUAGCAUGGAAGAAUAUUAACCUUAAUCGAUAAAAUGGGAUAG